AUGUUCGCCCCCUCCCAAUCCAGAUCUGGAUCGUGGAAGCGAACCACCGACGUCGCCGCCUGGAGGACCACAACGCCGGACGCCGUUGCCACCAUCACCUCCGACGCCGCCGCUCGGACCCCCCCCCCCCCCCCCCGCGUCCGUCUGCCUCCUCGACAGCCCGUCGUCCCCGUCCUCCUCCUCGAGCUCGAGCCCGCUACCAUUUUCCCCACGAACGCCGGUGAGGCUCCGGCCUCCCUCCCUCUCUCCCCUUGUUCUCUGUCGCCGGCGCCGUCCACCACGUGCCGACCACGCUCGACCCUGCGCCUCGCCGUGGUCCCCCGCGCCCUCGUACACGCACACCGCGUCCGCGUCUUCGCACGCCCCGGCCUCCUCGCGGUGCACGCGCACGGCCCCGCUCGCGCCCAACACCACCCAGCUCGCGCCCGUGUUGUGCUCUCCUCGCCCGCUCCGGCCGCCGUAGUUGUCCCGUUGUCGUCCUCGUGCACCUCGUCGCACCUCGUGCCGCUAUCCCGUCCGCCGGCCUCCUCUUCCCCUGCUCGCCGCUCCCCUGCUGCCGAGCACCCGCGCCCGCCGGAGUUGCCCUCCCGCGUGCGCGCCCUCCUCCCCAGCUCCCGUGCAUGUCGCUUGGGGCCGCGCCCCGCCUUUGCCCCCGUGUCGCCACCGCAACGCCCUGCCUCCCGCCUUGGCUCUGCCGCGCCGGCACCGCCCCUUGCUUGCUGCCUGCAGCAACUGCUACCCCGCGACCGCGCGCCGUCGUCGCCCGUCGCCCUUUCCUUCGACCGCGUCGCGCCGGCGCCCCUCCACUGGCCCGGUUGCCUCGCCCGCACCCGGGCGCCCGUGAACCCGCCCCAGUUGGCCGUGGGUCACAGACAGCCGGGGGGGCACGUCCCUAAAACUGUGAAAAACGAAAAUGUAAUAAAAAAGAGUUAA